AUGGCUAGCAGCGCCGACCCGCAUGUUGCCGUUGCCGGGGCCGGGACGCCCCCGUCCGAUAGCCCGGUUGUGGCGAAGAAGGCUGGGGUGGCGGCCGCCGUCUGGAAGCUCCCCGCUGGCGCGACGGUGCCCGUCGCGGUGGCGGUUGAAAGCCCCAUCAUGGACGCGGACUCCUGGCCGGCGCUGCCCGGGCUGGCCUCUCCGCCGCCGCCGGCUGCGGGGGCAGCGGCCAAGGCGUCCCCUAAGGCCGCUUCUUCAGCUUCUACUGCGGCGGUGAUGUCGCCGCCCUCUUUGGGCAAUCCCGGCGCUCUGGAUGCUAACCCUGAAAAUGAGGCUUUGGUGCGCAAUCCUGUGGCUCGGCGAGCCCUGGUGAUGCCUGCGGCGGAUGGGCUGGAGAAGAGUGCCCCUGCACCGGAGCCGUCACCUGUUUAUGUGCCUUAUAAUGCCCGGAGCAACGGCGCAGAUCCUCAUCAGAAUGGACGUUUUGGCUCCCACCCCCAUGGCCGAGGUGGUGGCUAUGGUGGGGGAAACAGGAGGGGUAAUGGUGGAGGUGGGGGGCGACGUGGGAGUGAGCACCACGGGGGUUUUGAUGGACAACGGCGCGGAGGUGGCCGCAGAGAUGGGCAUGGACCAGUUCAUCAGCAGCGUGGCCAUCAGCCAACAUACAUUAGGGCUCCUACUCUGGCUGUUGUAGCAGGAGCACCUCCGCCGCCGCCGCCAUUUGUUAUCCCCACUACUCCUCAGACACCGCCUUAUGGGGCACCUAUGGGCUUCCCUGACAUAGCACCGCAUGUUUACUAUUUUGCGGCACCCACUUCGGAAGGCAUUCAAGGCCUGCCUUUUGUGCCUCAUCCAGCAAGCCCCCAAGCUGUUUUAAUUGACCCUUUCCAAAAGGGUCUUCUGGAGCAGAUAGAAUACUAUUUCAGGUAG